CUAACAGGUCCAUACUCAUCGAAAAUGUAUCGAUGCUUGAUGGGAAUUAUAUUCCUGAUUUGGAAAGUGCAAUGUGUCCAACGUCAUCGACCAGCACCAUUGAGGUUACUGCAUAAGACAUCCUCACAGUCAUCAGUGGAAGGUAUUUUACAGAUUUAUUACAAUGGUGUCUGGGGAACAAUAUGCGAUGACGAAUGGUCAUUGGCUAGUGCAACUAUAGCAUGUAAACAGCUUGGCUACCAGUUUGCAGUUAUGUCCAAGCACUUAGGACAAGGACCUGAUCCAAUUUGGCUUGAUGAUGUUAAAUGUAACGGCGAUGAACCGUCACUAGACCAAU